UGGAACCUUUUGAAGCUGCAAUUUCAUUGUUCCAUCCAUUUAGGUCGCAUCUUGAAUGUACAUACGAAGUACAUAAGUACUUAAUUUCAGUGAGCCACACUCUCGGUUCUCUAAGGCAUCAGGUGCCUCUUAUUUAUUAGAACCUGAGCCUCACGCCAAAACUCACCUAUUAUACAAGGUCAAAUUCGCCAAAGUCUGCUUAUAACCCAAACGGACACUCAAUAUGACGGACGCGGCCCGUUGGAAGGCCACCGUAUACGUCGGGGGGCUAGCAUCUGUUGUCACCACCGUGAAUCUUCACGAUGCUUUCAUACCGUUUGGUGAAAUCGCGGAUGUAACUCUGCCUAAAAACGAUGCGCCAAACUCCACCGAGCCCCAUAGGGGAUUUGCCUACGUAGAAUUUGAGGACGCCGAAGAUGCCAAAGAAGCAAUCGACAACAUGGAUCAAUCAGAAUUGUUCGGCAGGGUUUUGAGAGUAUCGGCUGCUAAACCUCCUAAGAGUGCAGAAGAAGGACUAGGUAGUAAGACGGCAAUUUGGGAACAGGAAGGGUGGCUUGCUGAGAAUGCCGUCAGCGAGGAAGAUCGAGCUGCAGCUACGGGAGCCAGAGCUAGCGAGGAUGACAGGCCAGAAGACCCGAUGCAAGGACUCGAGGGACUUGACGUUGCUGGACCAAAACCGGAAUAAGCCGGGACUAAAUAGUAUCUACGUGAACUUUCUCGCAUAGCGUUGGCGUUAAAAAAAAAAGGAUUCUAGGACACAGAGGGAAGUCUUUAGAAUAGGAGCUUGCGGCUGAAGUCUAUACCAUGCUUAAUC